GCUAGCCAUGAAAGAUUUCUUUAGUCUGUUGCCAUUGGAGUUGCUUGUAAUCAUCAUUUCACUCCUUCCCUUCAAGGAAGCAGUGAAAAGUUCUGUGCUUUUCAAAAACUUGUUGAAAGCAUCGAAGUUUACAAAAAAUGUAGAGUUUAAUGAACUUUUUUUCGUUAAACCUGACCAAUCUGAUGAGACAAGACAAGUUCAGAGAAGGGUUUUCAUUGACUUCAUCAAAACGUGGAUUGAAAACCACAAAGGAACUGUGUUGGACAAGUUCUCUCUGAAGAUGUCGACACAAGCAAACGUGGGUGAAGUCAUUGAUCAGUGUGUCGGUUUUGCCACACAACGUAACGUGAAAGAAUUAACACUUGACUUUGCUGAUUCAGAGUGGGAGGAACAUGAUGUCUAUUUUGGAGAUUACGAUGCAAUCUUUGACAUGCCAAAACAGGUUUAUGCACAUUCUGGUCUUGAGCAUUUAAAGUUGUAUUCAUGUUGUUUUAUUGAGGCUGAGAUGCGUAACUUUCAUGUACUCAAAGAAGUUUCUUUGGGUUGGAUGAAACUGAGUGUCACUGCUAUCAAGGGUUUGCUUUCAAACUGUAGAGUGCUUGAGAGUUUGAGUAUGAAAAGGUGUUGGAGCUCAGAAAGGUUCAGACUAGGGCAAGAAGAAACCAAGGGUCUGAAAAUGCUUGUCAUUGACCAUUGUCGUUUUGAGUUUGAUGUUUUCAUUGUGAAUGCACCGAAUCUCCAAAUUUUCAAGUACUAUGGGUGGAUGAACUUCAACAUCAUGGAAAUUCAGUCACCAGAAAUGGAAGAGGCAGAUCUUGAUUUCGCUGUUGAAUAUUCAUAUCACAGACGUGGUUAUCCUCUAUACAACAUGAUGAAAAAUCUCUCCAUUGCUAGCAUUUUGACUGUAUGCAGUUAUGUGCUUCAGGUUAUUCCUAGUGGACCUGAACAACUUCGAAUGGAGCAUGACAUGUGUGUACAACAUUUGAUCAUGAAUGCAUCAUUGCACGAGGACGAGUUCAUAGGAAUCGCAUUCUUCAUCAACAGUUGUCCUAUGUUAGGGUGUCUCACCAUUCAAAUAUGUCCAAAAAACGACUUGUCUGUGAGCGAUUGUGAAGAACCGUUUUAUUUCAACCUGACACGAUUUUGGGCUGAUUUUUUGGGAGAUUGUGAGUGUUUGAGAUCAAGUCUUGAAGAGGUUGAGUUUGAUGGCUAUAGAGGACACAAGAAUGAGAAUCUUCUAUUGGAGUAUUUGAUUAUUAAAGGAUUUGUCUUGAAAAGUAUUAGUAUAAACUUGAUGAAGGAUGAUUCUGGUAUGAUUGUGGAGUCUCAUUCUCGUCAACAUGCAGAAGAUCUUUUACAAGUUCAACGUGCUUCAAAAAACUUAGAGAUAACAAUAUCUUAG